AUGGGAUCCAUGCCCGAGACAGCUGGCCAAACAAAUGGCACCGUCCAAGAGGCCAGAUACAUCGGAUUCGAGCAGCUUCCACAACAUGCAGUCAACAGUCGUGGCGAACCUGCCCUGAACAGAUGGUCUCAUUUCAUCACCAAAGACAAGGACUAUCCGGCUUCUCAGGCCAUGCUGUAUGCUGCUGGGGUUCCUGAUAAGGAUGCCAUGCAGAACAGCCCUCAUGUCGGCAUUGCGUCGGUCUGGUGGGAAGGAAAUCCUUGCAACAUGCAUCUCCUCGACUUGGCGAAAGUGGUCAAGGACUCUGUAACCAAGCAGGGCUUCAUUGGGUGGCAAUACAAUACCGUGGGGGUUUCGGAUGCCAUUACCGUCGGAACAGAGGGCAUGCGAUUCUCGCUGCAGACAAGAGAACUCAUUGCAGACAGCUUGGAGACGGUGACAUGCGCGCAACAUCACGACGCCAACAUUGCCAUUGCCGGUUGCGACAAAAACAUGCCAGGAGUGGUGAUGGCAAUGGCGCGCCAUAACCGACCGUCACUCAUGAUAUAUGGUGGCGCCAGUAAGCCGGGCUAUUCCAGACUGCUUCGCCAGACAAUCAAUGUGAGCAAAUGUUGGGAGGCUCAAGGUGCUUAUCAAUACGGCACACUUGCCAAAGCCGUUGAAGACCCAUCCAAGACCCCGGACGAUGUUCUGGAAGACAUCAUAACAGGGGCCUGUCCUGGCGCAGGGGCUUGUGGAGGAAUGUAUACUGCAAAUACCAUGGCCACCGCAAUCGAAGUCAUGGGACUCUCGUUACCCGGUUCAUCAUCCAAUCCUGCGGCAUCUGCGACCAAGAUGAGAGAAUGUAACAAGGCGGGUGAAUAUAUCCGACUGUGUAUGGAGAAAAGCAUCCGACCAAGGGAUCUCUUGACUCUGAGAGCGUUUGACAAUGCCUUGACGAUGACCAUGGUUCUUGGUGGGUCGACGAAUGCUGCGCUUCAUCUCCUCGCGAUGGCUUCUGCGGCCGAGGUUCCCUUGACGCUUGCGGAUGUCCAGCGAGUGAGUGACAAAGUCCCCUACCUCGCCAACCUCGCCCCUGCGGGUCAAUAUCUGAUGGCUGAUCUUUACGAUGUCGGCGGUAUCCCGGCCGUUUGCAAGCUCUUGGUCGCGGCUGGUUUACUGGAUGGGUCGGUGCCAACCGUGACUGGGAAGACGUUGGCCGAGAACAUCGAGCCAUAUCCAUCGCUGAAGCAGGAUCAAACCAUCAUCCGCCCGGUCGAUAAUCCUAUCAAGGCAACAGGGCAUUUGCAAGUGCUGAGAGGUAACUUGGCUCCCACUGGAGCUGUGGCUAAGAUCAGCGGCAAAGAAGGCACCAGUUUUGUGGGCAAGGCUCGGGUGUUCGACAAGGAGAAAUACCUCAACGCUGCGUUGAGAGCUGGUCAGAUUCCGCGAGACGAGAAUCUUGUCCUCAUCGUGCGCUACGAGGGGCCGAAAGGAGGGCCUGGAAUGCCAGAGCAAUUGCAGGCAUCGGCAGCCCUGAUCGGGGCACAGCUGAAGAACAUUGCAUUAGUGACAGAUGGCAGAUAUUCAGGAGCGUCUCACGGCUUCAUCGUGGGACAUGUAACACCAGAGGCGGCAGUGGGCGGCCCAAUUGCCGCCGUCAGAGAUGGCGAUGUGGUGACUAUCUCGGCCAUCACAAAUGAAUUGUCGGUGGAUCUGACGGAGGAUGAGAUUGCAGCACGAUUGAAGGGAUGGAAACCUCCUCCAAGUGCAGUGACCAGAGGAGUGUUGGCCAAGUAUCAGAGAUUGGUAGGCUCGGCAGACAAAGGCGCAGUGACAGACCUGUUCUAG